CACUUUAUCCGUCAAACGAAUGUGGUGGUCGCCUGCGGUAGUGAGAAGUAAUUUAUUAUUUUUAGUUAUAUUUUCGUUGAAACAAGCUGAGUGGUGACUUCAGUAAAUUAAAUUAUACGUGUUAUAAUGCUUCAGUCGGUAAUAAAUACAUUUUGGAGUGAAUAUGUUUGGUUACCGCCUAAUACAACAUGGGCUGACAUUGCGCCUGGCCCGGAUAAGACUGUAAUUUAUACGGACCAUCGGCAUGUUUUCUUUCCUAUACCGUUAGCGCUUGCUUUUAUAAGUGUACGCUAUGUAUUAGAAAGGUUCAUCUUUGCCCCAUUUGGAAAAUACUUGGGCAUCAAGGAAAGUAGAUCAAGACGGGCACCAGACAACCCAAAACUCGAAGCCGCAUAUAGAGCAGGCCCUAAGACACCCAAGCAACUAUGCGGGUUAGCAAAGCAGCUGGACAUGACGGAGCGGCAGGUGGAGCGCUGGUGGCGGCUCCGCCGGAGUCAGGACAAGCCCUCCACGCUCACCAAGUUCUGCGAGAACCUCUGGAAGUUCACAUUCUACGUCUGCAACUUUAGCUUCGGCGUGUAUAUCCUGUGGGACAAAGAAUGGUUGUGGGACAUUGACCAUUGCUAUAUUGGAUAUCCGCAUCAGGGUCUCACAAGCGACGUGUGGUGGUACUACAUGAUAUCCUCGGCGUUCUACUGGUCGCUGACCAUAUCCCAGUUCUGGGACGUCCGGCGCAAGGACUUCUGGCAGAUGUUCGUGCACCACAUCGCCACCAUCGCGCUGCUCUCGUUCUCGUGGGUCUGCAACUUGCACAGGAUCGGCACGCUCGUGCUGCUUCUGCACGAUUGUGCUGAUAUAUUCUUGGAGGCUGUAAAAGCGACGAAAUACGCCAGCUACCAACGACUAUGCGACAGUCUGUUCCUGAUGCUGGUGGUGGUGUGGAUCGCCACCAGGGUCGGCAUCUUCCCCUUCUACAUUAUAUGGAGCACGUCAAUCCGCGCGCCGCAACUAGUGCCGAUGUUCCCCGCCUACUACAUAUUCAACUCGCUGCUGUGCCUGCUGCUGUGCCUUCACAUCGUCUGGACCAUGUUCAUCCUGCAAAUAGCCUAUAAUGCUAUAAAAGCCGGACAGAUGGACGGCGAUGUAAGGAGUUCGUCGGAAGUUAGCGAUAGUCCUAACUCGAAUCACAGCUCGCCCACGAGAAAUAAGAACAAAAAGAACACAUAAGACGGAUGAACGAUGGAUCUCGGAUGCGAUAUUUUUUAAGUACUACUUUAAAUAAUUAUUUUUUGUGAAGAAUUCACCACUUGGCAAAGAAGCAUAUAAUACAAUGGUAUUAGUUCGAAAUACCUGGUCCAAGCUCCUGUCGUAGGUUCGAUUUCACCACUGCAAAAAUAGGAAUCAAAGAUCUAUAGAUCAUCGCAACAAUUUCACCAGUGAACCUGUUCCAAUACGAGACAGACUAAUAACUGUAUAAAUUAGUUCUAGAAUAAUCUUGUCGUGUUUUGUCUCUUUCGCUCUUUAAGUAUUUGUCGUUCGAGAGAGAGAGACAAAAUAUUAAGAGAAAUUCAUAAAUGUAAAGAAUGAUACUUCUAUCAUAUCUGCUAUUGUCAUAUUGAUAGAUAAACCAAAGACAAGGAAAGUGGAGCGAGUUGUGCGGCAGAAAGAGACAGAACGAUUUUGUGGCUAGUAAUAAUAAAAUUCAAAUCGUGUUAAGGUGUCGUCCAUUAAUUACAUAAUGCGUUAAUAAGGGAGGGGAGCGAGACCCAAAAU